UAACCACACGUUAUUUUUUGAUAAGCCUCAAAAGUAAAGUCGCGCAAGCGCGCUCAAGUCCUGUGUCGGCGGACAUUUCACACGGCGAUUCGGUUCCACAGCACUAAACUGUCGCGUGGAUCACGGUAGGGAUGUCAAAGUACUCGUUCACUGAAGUCACUGGGCCGCCAAACGAGAAGGGGUCAGGCAAGGGAGAAAGCGGCGGAUGUCACGUGAAAACCGCUACCGGUUUCGUGCUCGGGUUUCUCGCCAUUGCCAUCGCCGUCGGCGCCGGCCUUAUAGUGCAUUUUGCGGAGAACAGGAAGAUUGAGUGCGUCUUCCCCGAAGGAACGGUCGUCUCGAGCCAACAUGGCGGCAGUAACGCGCAGUCGGUCCAGUGCCCGGAAGCGCCGCCUGCAACGCCGUGUCCCGUCUGCGCAGAAAGAAUAUGCCCAUCAUGCACUUUGAGAUGUGAACCCUGCCCAAAGCCGAAUCCGGUCACGCGACCCACCACAUGUCCACCUCCAUGUGAGCCAUGCCCAACUAAACAUACGCAAACUAACGCAGAAUGCCCUACUCCAAAACAGUGUGAGCCAUGUGCAACUCAACAUCCGGACGCGCAUGCGCAGUCUACCGCGACACUUGCGUCAAGUACAAUUAAACCGAAACCCAAGUUUGUUCGUCUUCCUACUGACAUGAUACCCCUUCACUAUGACCUUGUCAUAAAUCCGGACAUAUACGGUUCGGACCCCAAGGCUUUCAAGUUUGAAGGAACUGUAGAUAUUUUACUUCUUUGUCAGAAAUCUACUGAUGAAAUUAUUCUGCAUGCGGAUAAUCUUGAUAUCAAAACAGUUGAAGUGCGGCAAAACGGUUCUCAAAACAUCUAUGCCAGACAUUCUCUUGCCGAGGACCUGCAACAACUAUCUGUCGGUUUGACCAGGCCCACUGCGACCGGAACCAACUACACAUUGCGGGUGGCGUUCCAGGGGCCGCUGUUGGACGACAUGAGAGGCUUCUAUUACAGCAGCUACCAGGAAGGCAACAGCACAAUGUACCUGGCCGUCACCCAGUUUGAGCCGACGGACGCUCGGAAGGCGUUCCCGUGCUUCGACGAGCCGGCGAUGAAGGCCACCUUUAAGGUCACGCUGAUCCGGAAGAAGUACUUCAUGUCUAGGUCCAACAUGGUUAUAAGUCGUACUAUAACAAGAAACGACAGCUUUUGUGAGGAUACUUAUGAGACUUCAUUCAAGAUGUCCACCUACCUAGUGGCAUUCUUCGUCGGCCAGUUCAACAAAAACGUGGCCGACACGGAACGCGGACUACUUUACGGCGCUUGGGCCCGCCCUCAAUAUAUCGCCCAAACCCAACUGGCUUUGGACGUGGGCAGGAAAACCAUCGUUAACUACGAGGACUAUUUUAACAUCUCGUUUCCUCUCCCGAAGCAAGACAUGAUUGCGAUUCCCGACUUCGCGGCGGGCGCCAUGGAGAACUGGGGCCUUAUCACGUACCGCGAGACCGCCAUGUUGUUCAACCCGGAAGUGUCGUCAGAGGCCAACCGACAGAGGGUGGUCACUGUGGUCACGCACGAACUCGCACACCAGUGGUUCGGUGACCUGGUAACCAUGGCCUGGUGGGACGACCUGUGGCUCAACGAGGGGUUCGCCAGAUUUGUGCAGUACCUGGGCACGGACAAACUGUUUCCGGACUGGCAGAUGUGGGACCAGUUUAUUCUUCUAGAAUUACAUCGCGCUUUCGAACUCGACGCUCUUGUGACGUCACAUCCGAUAUACGUACCAGUAAACGACCCCGUGGAAAUAAACGAGAUAUUUGACACAAUUUCAUAUAGCAAGGGAGGUUCCAUCAUCCGCAUGAUGCGAUUCAUUCUGGGGCCGGAGACGUUCAAGAAAGGACUCACGCGGUACUUGAAUGAUCACCGAUAUCGGAACGCACACAAAGAAGAUCUUUGGACCGCUCUUAAUCAGCAAUCAGUUGUCGACGGCAAGCCGGUGGAUGUGCAGGGUAUCAUGGAUACAUGGACAGAGCAGAUGAACUACCCUGUCGUCAUGGUUACCAAGAUAGGCGGCAACAUCCGCCUUCAGCAGAAGAGAUUCCUGCAGAACAAGCGCGCGAACGAGACCGGAAAAUACACGUCUCGUUAUGGGUACCGCUGGGAGAUCCCGUUUACGUACACAAGCAGCAGACAACCCACCUUCCAGGAGAACGUGACCGCAAUAACAUGGUUUCAUGCCAACGAGACCAUUAAAGACAUCCCCUUGGCUGGUGGCGCUCUGUCGGACGAGGACUGGUUGCUAGGCAAUGUCAAUCAGCUGGGUGUCUACCGCGUCAACUACGACGAGGUUAACUGGCGGGCACUGGUCAGGCAACUCAAGAUAAAACACACGGUCAUUUCGAACAUCAAUCGCGCACAAAUUAUCAACGACGCAUGGAGUUUAUCUAAGGCGGGCGAGUUAUCCACGACUAUAGCACUGAGCACAUUGGAGUACCUAGAGCAGGAAGUGGAUUACGUCCCUUGGCUGGCGGCCCGGACGCAGCUCGACUACCUGAACAACAUGCUCCGACAGAACGGACAUGUACGGGUCAUUUCGUUCAUGCGGUCUACGCUUGCCGAGGCGUUCCGACAUUAUGGGAUGGACGACACCAACGCCACGCACGUGGAAUCACUUACUCGGAAUCUGGUUGCGGAUCUCGCGUGCUCCUACGGUCUCCAGGAGUGUGUCUCUGAAGCCUCGAGAUUGUACGAGAUGUGGAUGGGAGAUCCUGGACACAACCCGAUCGACCCUGAUCUACGCUCGGCGGUCUACUGCACUGCCAUAGCGGCGGGUGGGGAGAGGGAGUGGCAGUUCGCGCUCGACAUGUACAUGGCGGCAGAGGUCGCAACCGAGAAGGUCACCUUGACUUUCGCCCUCGCCUGCACGCGCGAAACGUGGCUCCUCAGAAGGUAUUUAGAGCUGAGUAUAACGUCGGAAAUAGUCCGCAAGCAGGACGCCGCAAGCGUUCUAGUGUACAUCGGCGGAAGUGACUUAGGACAGAUGCUCGCCUGGGAUUUCGUCAGGGACAGAUGGGACUACCUAUACAACACGUACGGCAAGGGCGUAUUUUCCUUCACCAAUCUGAUCAGCGGCCUCACACAGUCGUUCAACACGGAGGCACAGCUUAAACAGUUACACCAGUUCCUGGAAGAGCAUCCUGAUAUGGGGACGGGAAAUAGGGCAUUCCGUAUGGCCAUCGAGACCACGGAAAGCAAUAUCCGGUGGAUGGUAGACAAUCAGAAGUCCGUGUCUGAUUGGUUGAAAAACGUUGGUGUGACGUCCGCUUCACGUGUCAAAGAUGUCCGACUUCCGACUCACCUGGUUCCAGACGUGUACGAUAUUGUUCUCCAGCCCAACAUGUAUGACGGGGAACCAGACGAUUUCAAUUUUGAAGGUUAUGUGAAGAUUCACAUGACUGCAAAAGAGGCGGGAAAGAAUGUAACUCUACAUGCGAAUAAGCUGACCAUCCUUGAGAGCAGUAUUCGAUUCGGAAGUGAUGACGGGAGCAACACUGGUCCUUCUUACACGGGCGUGCACGUGCCGGACAAGGCCCGUCAGUUCGAAGUAUUCUUCCUGGACAGCGACCUGGUGCCCGGCCGCGCCUACUUUAUCGAGAUGAACUUCACGGGGCCUCUGACCGGGGACCUGGCCGGUCUCUACCUUAGUCAGUACGAGCGCGGAAACCAAACUGUGUACAUCGCCACAAGCCAGAUGGAGGCCACGGACGCCCGGAAGGCGUUUCCGUGCUUCGAUGAGCCCGCCAUUAAGGCUGUCUUCAACGUGAAGCUCGUGCGUAAACCGCACAUGAAGUCAAUCUCUAACAUGCCAAUUUUCUCAAACUAUACGCUCAACAAUGGCAUGGUGGUAGACGUGUUCAAUCAAUCGGCAAAGAUGUCAACCUACCUGUUGGCUCUAAUCGUCUGCGACUUCGACUACAUCGAAAAUAAAACCAAGAGCGGAAUAACAUAUCGGGCCUGGGCCCGGCCCGAGUACAUAAAUCAGGCGAAAGUAGCGCUUGAAGCCGGGGUCAGGAUCAUCACUUACUAUGAGGAAUACUUCGGAGCCCAGUUCCCGCUGCCUAAACAAGACAUGAUCGCGAUCCCCGACUUCGCGGCGGGCGCCAUGGAGAACUGGGGCCUCAUCACGUACCGCGAGACCGCCAUGUUGUUUGAGCCCGGUGUCUCCUCGGAAGCGAAUCUGCAGCGGGUCAAUGUCGUGAUCGCGCACGAGCUGGCUCACCAGUGGUUCGGUGACCUGGUAACCAUGGACUGGUGGGACGACCUGUGGCUCAACGAAGGGUUCGCUAGCUUUGUGGAAUACAUGGGGACUGAUCUGCUACACCCCGACUGGAAAAUGUUUGAGCAGUUUGUGUUAGACAUAUAUGAGGUAUUUGAUAUCGACGCUCUUGUGACGUCACAUCCAAUCUAUGUUCCGGUUUUCAACCCAGAUGAAAUCAACGAGAUCUUUGAUACCAUCUCUUACUCCAAGGGCGGCUCAGUUUUACGAAUGAUGCGGUUCUUCUUAGGUGAAGACACUUUCAAAAGAGGAAUUCAGAACUACAUUCAGGGACGAAAGUACCAGAAUGCGAAACACGACGAUUUGUGGGAGGCAUUGGACAACCAAUCUCGAGCGGACAGCAAACAACUUCCGGCGCCCGUCAAAGAAAUACUGGACACAUGGAUUUUGCAAAUGAACUACCCCGUCGUCAAAGUUACCAAAGAUCAAAUUAACAAUAAAACCAAAAUCACCCAAACAAGAUUUUUGAAGAAUCGUGAAGCUAAAGACCCUAUGACAUAUACCUCGCCAUUCGACUACAAGUGGCAUAUUCCAUUCACCUUCAUGACUAAAACGUCUGUCAAGUCGAACAUUACCGACGCCGACGUAGUGUGGCUAACAGAGGAAGAGAAAGUGAUAAACACCAGUUAUCCGACUGGGGAUAAUUGGAUACUGGGUAAUGUCCAGCAAUAUGGCGUCUACCGUGUGAACUAUGAAUACGAGAACUGGGACGCCCUCAUAAAACAGCUGAACACAGAUCAUAAGGUCUUCAGUGCCAUUAACAGAGGUCAGCUCAUCAAUGAUGCUUUCGGACUGGCGGCGGCCGGACAACUGAAGAUGUCAUACGCUCUACGGACACUGGACUAUCUUACGUCAGAGGAGGAAUACAUUCCCUGGAGGGCCGCCAUUGCCGAGCUGGGAUACAUCUCCUCAAUGUUAAAGGAUUCAGAAAUCUACGGAUUAUUCUCGAAAUUUAUGCUCGACAAGGUUCAAAAGCAGUUUGACAGACUUCCAAUGAACAACUCUAUUGCCAGCCAUCUUGAUUCGUACGUGCGCUCGGACAUAGCCAGUCUUGCCUGUUCCUAUGGUAACACACAAUGCAUCGAGGAGUCGAGACGGUUGUUUAAAGAGUACAUGGACAACGAUACGCGCAAUCCGAUUGACCCCGGCUUGAAGUCAACAGUUUACUGCACUGCGGUUCGAGAAGGCAGAGAAACAGAAUGGACAUUUACAUACCGGAUGUACAAGAGCGCAAAUGUGGAGGCGGAGAAAUCUCGUCUGCUCACGUCACUGGCAUGCACGCAACAACCAUGGAUCCUGAACAAGCUUCUGUCGAUGGCCCUAGAUGAUAGAGAGGUUAGGCAACAGGACGCAUACAAGGUCUUCAUUGACGUUGGUCGAAACCCCGUGGGGAGAACCCUCGCCUGGGACUUCUUUAGGGGCCGGUGGGACGACAUUUUUGAAAAGUAUGGAUCGGGUUCGUUUUCGCUAAAUGACAUCAUAUCCGGUGUGACAGCGUCUUUUAACACGGAGUUACAUCUGCAACAGUUACGGGAUUUCGGAAAAAGUCACGCGAACAUGGGUUCCGGUACACGCGCGUUUGCACAGACGAUUGAAAACACACUGGCAAACAUCCGGUGGAUGCGGGAAAAUUACGUCAUCAUCGAAAACUGGCUGAACACACAGAAGAAACACAUCUUAUUAUCAUUUACUAAAUCGUGCGACAGCCAAAGAUCAGCUUCUCCGACCGACAAUCGUCGUCUUCAAUCGGAAACCGCCGUCUUCAAUCGACUGGAUGUUACCAUCUACAACCAGAUGUCACAUACUCUCCAACAGGACGUCUCAUCUCUCAACCCUGAAGCCACAUCGCCUCCAGCAAGACGUUUUGUGCUCGGGUUUCUCGCCAUUGCCAUCGCCGUCGGCGCCGGCCUCAUAGUGCAUUUUGCGGAGAACAGGACAAUUGAGUGCGUCUUCCCAACGCCAAAUCCGGUCACGCGACCCGCCACAACAUGUCCACCUUCAUGUGAGCCAUGCCCAACUCAACAAACGCAUACUAACGCAGAAUGCCCGACAACCAAACAGUGUGAGCCAUGUGAAACUAAACAUACGGACGCGCAUGCGCAGUCUACCACGACACUUGCGUCAAGUACAAUUAAACCGAAACCCAAGUUUGUUCGUCUGCCUACUGACAUGAUGCCUCUUCACUAUGACCUUGUCCUUAAUCCGGACAUAUACGGUUCGGACCCCAUGGCUUUCAAGUUUGAAGGAACUGUAGAUAUUUUACUUCAGUGUCAGAAAUCUACUGAUGAAAUUAUACUGCAUGCAGAUAAUCUAGAUAUCAAAACAGUUGAAGUGCGGCAAAACGGUUCCCAAAACAUCUAUGCCAGCCAUUCUCUUGCCGAGGACCUGCAGCAACUAUCCGUCCAUCUGACCAGGUCUGCUGCGGCUGGAACCAACUACACUUUGCGGGUGGCGUUCCAUGGGCCGCUGUUGGACGACAUGCGAGGCUUCUAUUUCAGCAGCUACCAGGAAGGCAACAGCACAAUGUACCUGGCCGUCACCCAGUUUGAGCCUACGGACGCUCGGAAGGCGUUCCCGUGCUUCGACGAGCCGGCGAUGAAGGCCACCUUCAAGGUCACGCUUAUCCGGAAGGAGUACUUCACGUCUCUGUCCAACAUGAAUUUAAGACGUACUUUAAUAAGAAACGACAGCUUUUAUGAGGAUACUUUCGAGACUUCGCUCAAGAUGUCCACCUACCUAGUGGCAUUCUACGUCGGCAAGCUCGACAAAAACGUGACCGCCACGAAACGCGGACUACUUUACGGCGCUUGGGCCCGCCCUCAAUAUAUCGCCCAAACCCAACUGGCUUUGGACGUGGGCAUGAAAACCAUCGUUAACUACGAGGACUAUUUUAAAAUAUCGUUUCCUCUCCCGAAGCAAGACAUGAUUGCGAUCCCCGACUUCGCGGCGGGCGCUAUGGAGAGCUGGGGCCUUAUCACGUACCGCGAGACCGCCAUGUUGUUCAACCCGGAAGUGUCGUCAGAGGCCAACCGACAGAGGGUGGUCACGCACGAACUCGCACACCAGUGGUUCGGUGACCUGGUAACCAUGGCCUGGUGGGACGACCUGUGGCUCAACGAGGGGUUCGCCAGAUUUGUGCAGUACCUGGGCACAGACAAACUGUUUCCGGACUGGCAGAUGUGGGACCAGUUUAUUCUUCUAGAAUUACACCGCGCUUUCGAACUCGACGCUCUUGUGACGUCACAUCCGAUAUACGUACCAGUAAACGACCCCGUGGAAAUAAACGAGAUAUUUGACACAAUUUCAUAUAGCAAGGGAGGUUCCAUCAUCCGCAUGAUGCGAUUCAUUCUGGGGCCGGAGACUUUCAAGAAAGGACUCACGCGGUACUUGAAUGAUCACCGAUAUCGGAACGCACACAAAGAAGAUCUUUGGACCGCUCUUAAUCAGCAAUCAGUCGUAAACGGCAAGCCGGUGGAUGUGCGGGGUAUCAUGGAUACAUGGAUAGAGCAGAUGAACUACCCUGUCGUCAUGGUUACCAAGAUAGGCGGCAACAUCCGCCUUCAGCAGAAGAGAUUCCUGCAGAACAAGCGCGCGAACGAGACCGGAAAAUACACGUCCCGCUAUGGGCAAGUAAUCGUUCAAAAAAGCUUAUGGUGUGAUCUUCUUUUAUGUUCUUUAAUGCAGCGAAGCAUGGUGGAUCUCUGCGCGUCUCAAACUAAUCAAUAUGGUGAGAACGUGACCGCAAUAACAUGGUUUCAUGCCAACGAGACCAUUAUAGAAAUACCCCUUGCUGGUGGCGCUCUGUCGGACGAGGACUGGUUGCUAGGCAAUGUCAUUCAGCUGGGUUUCUACCGCGUCAACUACGACGAGGUUAACUGGCGGGCACUGGUCAGGCAACUCAAGACAAAACACACGGUCAUUUCGAACAUCAAUCGCGCACAAAUUAUCAACGACGCAUGGAGUUUAUCUAAGGCGUUCGAGUUAUCCACGGCUAUAGCACUGAGCACAUUGGAGUACCUGGAGCAGGAAGUCGAUUACGUCCCUUGGCUGGCGGCCCGGACACAGCUUGACUACCUGAACAACAUGCUCCGAAGAACGGACAUGUACGGGUCAUUUAAGUCGUUUAUGCGGUCUACGCUUGCCGAGCCUUUCCGCUAUUAUGGGAUCGACGACAGCAACGCCACGCACGUGGAAUCACUUACUCGGAAUCUGGUUGCGGAUCUCGCGUGCUCCUACGGUCUCCAGGAGUGUGUCUCGGAAGCCUCGAGAUUGUACGAGAUGUGGAUGGGAGAUCCAGGAAACAAUCCGAUCGACCCUGAUCUACGCUCGGCGGUCUACUGCACUGCCAUAGCGGCGGGUGGGGAGAGGGAGUGGCAGUUCGCGCUCGACAUGUACAUGGCGGCAGAGGUCGCAACCGAGAAGGUCACCUUGACUUUCGCCCUCGCCUGCACGCGCGAAACGUGGCUCCUCAGAAGGUAUUUAGAGCUGAGUAUAACGUCGGAAGUAGUCCGCAAGCAGGACGCCGCAAGCGUUUUAGUGUACAUCGGCGGAAGUGACUUAGGACAGAUGCUCGCAUGGGAUUUCGUCAGGGACAGAUGGGACUACCUUUAUAACACGUACGGCAAGGGCGUGUUUUCCUUCACCAAUCUGAUCAGCGGCCUCACACAGUCGUUCAACAAGGAAACACAGCUCAAACAGUUACACCAGUUCCUGGAAGAGCAUCCUGAUAUGGGGACGGGAAAUAGGGCAUUCCGUAUGGCCAUCGAGACCACGGAAAGCAAUAUCCGGUGGAUGGCAGACAAUCAGAAGACCGUGUCUGAUUGGUUGAAAAAAGUUGGUGUGACGUCAGCUUCACGUGUCAAAGAUGUCCGACUUCCGACUCACCCGGUUCCCGACGUGUACGACAUUGUUCUUCAGCCCAACAUGUAUGACGGGGAACCAGACGAUUUAAAUUUUGAAGGUUAUGUGAAGAUUCACAUGACUGCAAAAGAGGCGGGAAAGAAUGUAACUCUACAUGCGAAUAAGCUGACCAUCCUUGAGAGCAGUAUUCGAUUCGGAAGUGAUGACGGGGGCAACACUGGUCCUUCUUACACGGGCGUGCACGUGCCGGACAAGGCCCGUCAGUUCGAAGUAUUCUUCCUGGACAGCGCCCUAGUGCCCGGCCGCGCCUACUUUAUCGAACUGAACUUCACGGGGCCUCUGACCGGGGACCUGGCCGGUCUCUACCUCAGUCAGUACGAGCGCGGAAACCAAACUGUGUAUAUCGCCACAAGCCAGAUGGAGGCCACUGACGCCCGGAAGGCGUUUCCAUGCUUCGACGAGCCCGCAAUUAAGGCUGCCUUCAACGUGAAGCUCGUGCGUAAAUCGCACAUGAAGUCAAUCUCUAACAUGCCAAUUAUCUCAAACUACACGCUCAACAAUGGCAUGGUGGUAGACGUAUUCAAUAACUCGGCAAAGAUGUCAACCUACCUGCUGGCUCUAAUCGUCUGCGACUUUGACUACAUCGAAAAUAAAACGAAGAGCGGAAUAACAUACCGGUCAUGGGCCCGGCCCGAGUACAUAAAUCAGGCGAAAGUAGCGCUUGAAGCCGGGGUCAAAAUCAUCACUUACUAUGAGGAUUACUUCGGAGCCCAGUUCCCGCUGCCUAAACAAGACAUGAUCGCGAUCCCUGACUUCGCGGCGGGCGCCAUGGAGAACUGGGGCCUCAUCACGUACCGCGAGACCGCCAUGUUGUAUGAGCCCGGUGUCUCCUCGGAAGCGAAUCUGCAGAGGGUCAAUGUCGUGAUCGCGCACGAGCUGGCUCACUAGUGGUUCGGUGACCUAGUAACCAUGGACUGGUGGGACGACCUGUGGCUCAACGAAGGGUUCGCCAGCUUCGUGGAAUACAUGGGGACUGAUCUGCUACACCCCGACUGGAAAAUGUUUGAGCAGUUUGUGUUAGACAUCUACGAGGUAUUUGAUAUCGACGCUCUUGUGACGUCACAUCCGAUCUAUGUUCCGGUUUUCAACCCAGAUGAAAUCAACGAGAUCUUUGAUACCAUCUCUUACUCCAAGGGCGGCUCAGUUAUCAGAAUGAUGUGAUUCUUCUUAGGUGAAGACACGUUCAAGAGAGGAAUUCAGAACUACAUUCAGGGACGAAAGUACCAGAAUGCGAAACACGACGAUUUGUGGGCGGCAUUGGGCAACCAAUCUCGAGUGGACAAAAAAAAACUCCCGGCGCCUGUCAAAGAAAUACUGGACACAUGGAUUUUGCAAAUGAACUACCCCGUCGUCAAAGUUACCAAAGAUCAAAUUAACAAUAAAACCAAAAUCACCCAAAGAAGAUUUUUGAAGAAUCGUGAAGCGAAAGACCCAAUGACAUAUACCUCGCCAUUCGACUACAAGUGGCAUAUCCCAUUCACCUUCAUGACUAAAACGUCUAUCAAGUCGAACAUUACCGACGCCGACGUAGUGUGGUUAACAGAGGAAGAGAAAGUGAUAAACUCCAGCUAUCCGACUGGGAAUAAUUGGAUAUUGGGUAAUGUCCAGCAAUAUGGCGUCUACCGUGUGAACUAUGAAUGCGAGAACUGGGACGCCCUCAUCAAACAGCUGAACACAGAUCAUAAGGUCUUCAGUGCCAUUAACAGAGGUCAGCUCAUCAAUGAUGCUUUCGGACUGGCGGCGGCCGGUCAACUGAAGAUGUCAGUCGCUCUACGGACGCUGGACUAUCUUACGGCGGAGGAGGAAUACAUUCCCUGGAGGGCCGCCAUUGCCGAGCUGGGAUACAUCUCCUCAAUGUUGAAGGAUACAGAGAUCCAAGCUAUUUGCAAAUUUAUACUCGACAAGGUUCAAAAGCAGUUUGAUAGACUUCCGAUGAACAACUCUAUAGCCGGCCAUCUUGAUUCGUACGUGCGCUCGGACAUAGCCAGUCUUGCCUGUUCCUAUGGUAACACACAAUGCAUCGAGGAGUUGAGACGGUUGUUUAAAGAGUACAUGGACAACGAUACGCGCAAUCCGAUUGACUCCGGCUUGAAGUCAACAGUUUACUGCACUGCGGUUCGAGAAGGCAGGGAAACAGAAUGGACAUUUACAUACCGGAUGUACAAGAGCGCAAAGGCGGAGGCGGAGAAAUCUCGUCUGCUUACGUCACUGGCAUGCACGCAACAACCAUGGAUCCUGAACAAGCUUCUGGCGAUGGCCCUGGAUGAUAGAGAGGUAAGGCAGCAGGACGCAUACAAGGUCUUCAUUGACGUGGGUCGAAACCCCGUGGGGAGAACCCUCGCCUGGGACUUCUUUAGGGGCCGGUGGAACGACAUCUUUGAAAAGUAUGGAUCGGGCUCGUUUUCGCUGAAUGACAUCAUAUCCGGUGUGACAGCGUCUUUUAACACGGAGUUACAGCUGCAACAGUUACGAGAUUUCGGAAAAAGUCACGCGAACAUGGGUUCCGGUACACGCGCGUUUGCGCAGACGAUUGAAAACACACUGGCAAACAUCCGGUGGAUGCGGGAAAAUUACGUCACCAUCGAAAACUGGCUGAACACACAGACGAUACCCAUCUAAUUAUCAGCAUAUGUGAUAUGUACGCAACCUUUUUAGGAAUCAUGAACUUGAUGUAAAGGAAUCCAUAAAAUUAAAAUAGUAUUACUUCUCGAAUCAUUUGUUCACUGGUGGACUGCAUUUCGUAAAUAUGCAUGACAUCGAUUGAUUAUAAAUUCGCUACUGCUAAGUAUUUAGUGUUGCUUUGUUACGUGUGCAUUAGUGUGUUGUAUACAUGAAUGAUUGUGGUUAUUACGACAUUAUUAUUUUAUCCCCUGACUUGUUAUUGGAAUGCAUCACACUUGUAUAAUAAACGGU